AUGCGUUGUAUGAUUGGGGCGGACAAUCAGGAUGUUGUUUUUCUUACAGACUGCUCUGACUUAGUGAAGAUGGUGUCUUCACCUUCAGAGUGGCCAGCGUUCGCGACUUAUUUGGAGGACAUUCAGGAAGAUAAAGAAGAAAUCACAUCCUUCUCGUUGAUCUUCAUUCCUCGUUCGCAGAAUGGUAAAGCAGAUAACCUGGCACGACGAGUUCGUUCUGAAGCGCAUCUUAUUACCUAUGUAAAUGAUGUUCCGUCGCAUUGGCUUAAAGCCAAUCUUGGUUUUGCGAUUUGCAGAGUGAGAGAGUUCGUUGAGAGAGACUUGAGAUUGAGAAAGGAGCUCAAAAUCGAUAAGAUGCAGAGAUCGAUUUCAUCGACGGCGAAGAGAUAUGUUCGCCGGAAUCAUCAACAGGGGAAAGGUAAUCUUUGCUGGGGACGAAGAGAUUUUGCUGGUGGGAGUGGUGAUUAUAGAGACAAAUUGAGAAAUGAUAGGCUGAGUGAUUUGAAGCUAGACGAUGUUGUUGGGUUGUUCGGGGACAUGGUCAAGUCUCGUCCACGCCCUUCCACUAUUGAUUUCAACAAAUUUUUGACUGCAAUUGCUAAGAUGAAAAAGUUCGAUCUUGUCAUCUCCUUUGGGGAGCAGAUGCAGAAGCUGGGGAUUUCACACAGUCUCUAUACAUACAAUAUUUUCAUCAACUGUUUCUGCCGUUCUUCUCAACUCCCUCUUGCUUUAGCUAUUAUUGGGAAGAUGAUGAAACUCGUUUAUGAGCCUAAUGUUGUCACGCUUUCUUCUCUUGUCAAUGGUUUCUGUCGCAGUAAGAGGAUUUCUGAUGUCGUUGCUUUCGUUGAUCAGAUGGUGGCAAUGGGAUAUCAACCCAAUACCGUUACAUUUAACACUCUGAUUCAUGGCCUUUUUCUUCACAACAGAGCUUCAGAAGAUGUGGCUUUAGUUGACCGGAUGGUUGCGAAAGGAUGUUAG